AUGCAGUUCAGUCAUGCCGCUCCAUUUAUCGAAAAAAAGAUUCAAAAAAUGGGCACCGCUCGAUUAUUUGAAAUCGCUCCUAUUCGCCGAGCCAACCGCACAACGAGACGCGCAGCCCCCGACGGCAUCGCCUCGUAUCACGUCAUGAACUCCCCGCAGCGUCACCUCAGGCGCGCCCGCGAGGCCGAGGAGCAGGCCGCCACCGACCUGAAGAGGCUCAAGACCUCCUUCCUCGAGAAGGUCAUCCCGAAGACGAUCGUCCGCGAGCAGUGCAACCCGACGUCCAAGUUGGAGCGCUCCGUCCGAGCGCUCGUGUUCAACCACCUGCCGGGCAACUGCGGCAACCUCUUCGCCACCAUCGGCGGCGACUUCGCCACCGUGUACGACGACGAGCACUUCGGCGACCACGUCGCGGUGGUGUGCCAGUUCAAGAACGAGGCCACGGACCACACCAAGGGCGGGGAUCUGACCGCCGUGUGCUGGGUCGAUCCCUCCGGGUACACCGCCCACGAGCUCGGCGACGCCACCCUCGCGGUGGCCGGAGGUGACGACAACGCCGUGCAGGUCAUCAGCGUCGCGGACGGGCGCGUCGUCUCCCUCAUGAAGGGCCACACCUGCUCGAUCCUCGCCGUCGCCGCGGGAAGCUCCGAGGGCGGACACCCCGAGAGGCUCGUGUCUCUGGACGCGGCCGGAAACGCCGUCGUGUGGAACUGGCGGACGCAGGCCAAGCUCGGGGCGUUCCAAGUCGGCGAUGCCAUCUCACUGGCCGUCAACCCCGACGGGAGCGGCGUGUACACCGGACACAAGGGCGGUUUCGUCAAGGCGUGGACCCUCCCGGAGAAUUUGGACAAAAAGACCCCGGAGAAGGGUAUCGCGCUGGGCGUGGUCUGCCACGGCAAUAACCCCGUGGACUGCCUCAAGGUUGCCGCCGGUAAGCUCUUCUCCAAGUCCGUCGACGGCACGAUCGGCGUGCUCGACCUCGGGAGCGGCAAGACGGCCACGACGUGGAAGGUUGAGGACUGCGUCAAGCCGAGCGCCAAAGACUUGCUGGACGGGUUGACCGGCUUUGGCGUCGACCCCGUCGGUGAGUUUCUCGCGGUUGGGAACGGCGAGGGCGAGGUUGCCACCUACGACGUCGCCACGGGCCAGGUGAUCAAGAUCGUGGAGGCGGACAGGGACUUCAAGCACCUGAACCUGGUGCGCGCCGCGGGGGUGAGCAGGGAUUGCAGGCACGUGCACGCCGCCUUUGGGCCCGGGAUCGUGUGGAGAUUCGAGGUUGUGCCCGAGCUCGACGACGAAGACGACGGCACCGAGGGACCGGGCACGCCCCCGGAGGAGGACAACUGA